GUUUAUCGGCCGAAUUUUCAUCUGCACGAAAAAUCGGCCACUAUUCACGGCCGCAAUGCAGGCCAUAGAUGGGUCGAAAAUCGGCCGAAAAUAAAAUCGGCCGAUUUUCGGAUCGUUACAAUGAUGGGCAAAUCGGCCAAUCUUUUUACCGAUAAAAAAAUCUGCGCAUGAGCCCUGUAGACGGGAUGAAAAUCGGCCGAUUUUUUUUUUACCAAAAAAACGUCCGGUUUUUUCCCCAUCUAUGGCCUGCAUUAGAUAGAUUGCAACAAAUUAUGACAAGACUUGAAAA